AUGGAUAGGCCGCCAUCAUACGACAAGAACGAUAUAUUAGAACAACUGACUGUUUAUCAGUUAUUAUUAAACAAACCGAAAUUGGUGUAUGACAUCAUGCAAUUUGAGGAAUUCAAAACGUUUUAUGGAGAGAAUUCAGGGUUCCAAAAAUUACGAACGGCCGUUAAAGGGAUACCAGGGUAUUGGUAUCAUGUGCUGGAAAAUAGUUGCUAUUUGGAGCUAUCAUUUGUUAACGAGAACGACAAGGAAGUGUUAAAAAACAUCACCGACAUUAAUGUGGAUAUGAUGGAGGGUGUCAUUGAGAACGGAACGGAAGACCAUUUUAAACUCUCUUUCAGGAUCACUUUUCAAUUCAACGACAACGUUUUUUUGAAGGGCAAUGACGUCUGCAUCGGGUUUGUAUUUUAUCCGCAACAAUCGCGUAACUACCCGGCCGAGUUGCGAGGGAGUGAGGUCGAAUUUAAAGAAGGCAAAGAUAUUCAUUUGGUCAAUGGCACAUUUAAACACUCAUUUUUCGAUUUGUUCCUUCUCGAAAGUCGUGUGUUGAUGGAUAAAAAUAUGAUUGUCGAUUUACUGGAUAAUUGGUUAAUUCUACUCAAUGAUGUUCUGAGAAACUCAAUGCACUACUUCAAAGGAACUGCUUUGGAAUACACAAUAGAAGACGACGAAAUCAAUAGAGUCCUUCAAUGGGAAAGAAAAAUGGAAAACCUAAGACUCCACCCCGAACAAACUCAAAGAACUGAAGAGAGCGAGGAGGCUACAUUCAACAACCCCAUAAACACACAACCAAAAGAGGGAAACGUGACUGACCUUCUCGACUGA